CCUUUGUUCAGUAAACAUGCAGUGGUCUUUCAGGAUCAGUGACCAGAUUCCACGCAGUCCAAUCUGUGAGUCAAAACUGAGCUAUACGGAGUUCUGCCUGCGGUCAUGGAAUUCCAGCCAAUUAAUGUAACCAAAUGGAUAGAAGAAAACAAAGCUGAUUUCUUACCACCCGUGUGCAACAAACUCAUGCACAAUGAUCAGCUGAAGGUAAUGUUUGUCGGAGGUCCAAACCAAAGGAAAGAUUAUCACAUUGAGGAAGGAGAAGAGUUAUUUUACCAGCUGGAAGGGGACAUGUGUCUGAAGAUCAUUGAAAAUGGAGAACACAGAGAUAUCCACAUCAGAGAAGGAGAGAUGUUUCUGCUUCCUGCUCGAAUCCCGCACUCUCCGCAAAGAUUCUCAAACACCGUGGGCCUGGUGCUCGAGAGGAGGAGGUUAAAAACUGAAACAGACGGCCUACGGUAUUAUGUUGACAUAACCUCCACAGAGGUUUUAUUUGAGAGGUGGUUUUACUGUGAAGACCUGGGAAAGCAACUGGCUCCAGUUAUUAAUGAAUUUUUCAACUCAAAACAAUAUAAAACUGGAAAGCCAGACCCAGAUUGGACACCCCAACUCCCUUUCCCUCUUAGCACUGUAAAAGUAAUGGAACCAUUUUCAUUUCAAUGUUGGCUAGAUAAACAUCGUUCAGAAAUCAUUCAGAAAAAAUACUUACAGUUAUUUGCAGGCGAUCAUGAGACAGAGGCUGCGAUGUAUGGAUCUGGAGAAAUCAAACAUGAUGCAUCAGACACGGAUACGUGGAUUUGGCAACUGGAGGGGUCCUCUGUCAUAUUUCUUGGUGAUAAAGUUGUGUCAUUGUCCAAUGGGGACAGCCUUCUCAUCCCAGAAAAGACUCAGUUUUUCUGGAAGAGAGAAGAGGGGUGCAUCGCUUUCUGCGUUUGCCAGGAUCCUGCUCGACGUAAAGAAUAUAAUUAAUCAUUUGAUCACAGUGUUUUCAGAAGGGAGCAGCUGCAUUUUCAUCAUGGCACCGGAGCUGUACAGCCGGCUCAUGAAUAAAUCUGAUAACUGAUAAUGUAUUACCUUAAUAUUAUUGUAUUUAGUAUAUUGAAGAUUAAAGAAACAUUAUUUGGCUAAAUACAGAA